UCAUAGCCUAAUAAGCAAACUGCAAACGUAAUCCAAAAGCCACCACCUCUUUCUUCUUCUAUACAUAAAAACUGACUCACAUAGCAACCAGAAUUCUAAACAAACAAAACACCUUAUUCACCAACCAAUCAACCAACGAAAUGGUUCACAACCGCCUUAAUAUGUCGCCGUUUUCCUCCUCAUGGACUCGGGAGGAAGACAAGCUCUUCGAGAACGCUCUCGUCAUGUUUCCCGAGGAAACGCCGGAGCGGUGGGAAAAGAUCGCCAGUAGAGUCCCUGGAAAGAAUUCCGAUGACGUACAAAAUCAUUACGAGGAUUUGGUCCGUGAUUUGAGAGAGAUCGACUCUGGAUUGGUUGAAUUGCCGAAUUAUGAAGAUGAGUUGAACUCGCCGGGCUGGAGUGGUGAGUCUGGAACGAGUCAGAUGUGGUUUGGGGGUAAGGCUAAAGAGAAGGAGACCGAGAGAAGGAAGGGCAUUCCUUGGACUCCAGAAGAGCAUAGGCUGUUUCUAUAUGGUUUAGAGAAAUAUGGGAAAGGAGAUUGGAGGAGCAUAUCAAGAAACGCGGUCGUAUCAAGAACUCCAACUCAAGUGGCUAGCCAUGCUCAAAAGUACUUUCUUCGUCUAAACUCGAUGAAGAAAGAGAAAAAGAGGUCUAGCAUACAUGACAUAACGAGCACCGUUGAUUCGAACUCGUUGGGUCAAUCCAAGGAUCAAAAUUGGAGUGCUGCUCAACCUACAGGCUCCUCCUCAGAGGGGUAUCAAGGAUUCGGAUAUCCAAUAUAAUAAUUGCAUGAUUUAGUAAAUAGAAAAGCCAGCUUCAGUUUUAUUAUCUUAGCUUCAAAAUGUAAAUUUUGAUCUCUAAUUGUAAAAAAAAACUUGUGUUGAUGAGACAUUAACAUAUUUAUGUUGGUUGGUUGAAUGUUUGUACAUAUAAUGGAAUAUUAGAAGAUUUAGUUU